AUGACCUGUCCAAUCAAAACUGUUGCGGCAUCAACCUGUCCAAUCAAAACUGUUGCGGCCAUGACCUGUCCAAUCAAAACUGCUGCGACCAUGACCUGUCCAAAUAAAAACUGUUGCGACCAUGACAUGUCCAAUCAAAACUGUUGCGGCCACGACCUGCUCAAUCAAAACUGUUGCGACCACGACCUGUCCAAUCAAAACUGUUGCGGCCACGACCUGUCCAAUCAAAACUGUUGCGGCCAUGACAUGUCCAAUCAAAACUGUUGCGGCAUCAACCUGUCCAAUCAAAACUGUUGCGGCCACGACCUGCUCAAUCAAAACUGUUGCGGCCACGACCUGUCCAAUCAAAACUGUUGCGACCACGACCUGUCCAAUCAAAACUGUUGCGGCCAUGACAUGUCCAAUCAAAACUGUUGCGGACCAGACCUGUCCAAUCAAAACUGUUGCGGACCCGACCUGUCCAAUCAAAACUGUUGCGGACCAGACCUGUCCAAUCGAAACUGUUUCGGACCAGACCUGUCCAAUCAAAACUGUUGCGGACCCGACCUGUCCAAUCGAAACUGGGAGAAUCAAACUGUGUAA